ACCCACCAAAACCCUCUUAACCUUUUCAAUAAAACCAAUAUGGACUUCAAACAUCUUUCUUUUGUGACAUCAUCAAUGCCCAUUCUCCUCAUCUUAUUCUUCUUCUUCUUCAUUUCUCCAUCUCUUGCACAAGCUGCUUCACCUAACACCACCGUCUCGCCUGGUACCAUAUGCCAAUCCACCCCAGACCCUGCCUAUUGUAAAUCCGUCCUCGCUAACCAGACCACCACCAAUGCCUAUGGCUACGGCCGAUUCUCUGUCCGCAAGUCCUUGUCACAAUCUUCGAAAUUUUACCUCUUAGUAGACAAGUACCUCAAAAAGUACAGCUCUACUUUAUCAAUAUCUGCGAUCCGUGCUCUCCAGGAUUGUCAAUUGCUUGCCGGAUUCAACAUGGAUUUCCUAAUGACCUCCUUCCAAACUGUCAAUACCACCACACAAACCCUCUCUGCCACGAAAGCUGAAGACGUUCAGACCUUGCUCAGUGCAAUCUUAACCAACCAACAAACCUGCCUCGAUGGUCUCCAAGCCACUUCAUCCGCUUGGAGCAUCAAGAAUGGCCUUGCUGUCCCCAUGUCAAACGAUACAAAACUCUACAGUGUCUCUUUAGCUCUUGUCACCAAAGCCUUCGUUCCGAAGAAGAAGAAAGUUUUGACAUGGCAGCCUACCCAUAAACAGUUAGCAUUCCAGAACGGACGUCUGCCACUGAAGAUGUCUAGCCGGACACAAGCCAUUUAUGAGACGGUGAACAGGAGAAAGCUUCUUCAGACAAAUUUUAAUAAUCCGGUUCAGGUUAGUGACAUUGUGGUGGUGAGUCAAGACGGUAGUGGAAAUUUCACUACCAUCAACGACGCCCUGGGUGCAGCCCCGAACAACACCAACGGCGCAAAUGGGUACUUCUUGAUUUAUAUCAAAGCUGGUGUGUAUGAAGAAUAUGUCUCCAUUGCUAAGAACAAGAAGUACUUAAUGAUGAUGGGUGAUGGUAUCAAUCAAACCAUCAUAACCGGAAACCGUAGUUUCGUUGAUGGGUGGACGACGUUUAACUCCGCCACAUUUGCUGUGGUUGCGCCAAAUUUCGUGGCGGUAAACAUCACUUUCCGCAACACAGCAGGGGCAAUCAAGCACCAGGCGGUGGCGGUCCGCAGCGGUGCCGAUUUGUCAGCAUUCUACAGCUGCAGCUUUGAAGGGUACCAAGACACUUUGUACACUCAUUCUCUACGACAAUUCUACAGAGAUUGCGACAUCUACGGAACAGUUGACUUCAUAUUCGGAAACGCUGCCGUCGUUUUCCAGAACUGCAACCUCUAUCCUCGCCGCCCCAUGGACGGUCAAUUCAACGCCAUCACUGCACAAGGCCGGACUGACCCAAAUCAGAACACAGGCACCUCAAUUAUUAACUGUAAGAUCAAAGCUGCCAACGAUUUGGCCUCGAGCAAUACAACCUUCCAGACAUACCUGGGGAGGCCCUGGAAGAACUAUUCCAGAACUGUGUACAUGCAAUCUUUCAUGGACAGUUUCAUUAACCCAGCAGGCUGGAUGGCAUGGGACGGAGAUUUUGCUUUGAGCACCCUUUACUACGCAGAGUAUAACAACACCGGUCCCGGUUCGAAUACCACUGCCCGAGUCACAUGGCCCGGUUACCAUGUGAUCAAUGCUACCGACGCUGCUAAUUUUACAGUGGCGAAUUUCCUGUUGGGAGAUGCUUGGUUGCCUGCUACGGGAGUGCCUUAUGCAGAUGGGUUGAUAUGAAUAAAUUAAAUCGAAUUCUUCAGCAUGAUGAACUAAUUAUUGCAAAAUAUCAAUGUUUUUUCUUACGAUUCUUUCAAAAAAUUUCUUUGUUUCGUUUUGAAGAUGUAAUAAGUGGGUAAAAAUACCUAAGCUAUUCAAUUGUAAACAGCUUGGUAUUGCUUGAAAACUGACUGUUCAAUUGAUAAUUUUCAAACUUGGAGUUAUAUUCAUCAAUCAAUCAAUCAACAACGUAUGGAUUGGUUCAAGUGACCAAAAGUAAUAGAGAAAAGACCUCCCA